AUAGUGUUGUUUUUCUUUUAACAAAUAAAACAUCAUUCACAAUAGUGUUUUGUUAUGACAGUUUUCUCUCACUCUCUACUCACACGUGCAAAGUAGUGUUUACGUUUUUUCUAGGGGAAUUAACUGAAAUUUUUAUUAAUUAAUUUAAUUAAUAAAUCUUUAAUUUUUUAAUAAUUUUAUUAAAAAUUAUGUUAAAAUGUUUGUUAACGAAGUAAAUGAAGUUAAAAUAUAUAACCUGAGUGCGGGCAAAUCUUUGCCAGAUUGGCUUACCGAUCGCCGCAAAAAGUCUCAGUUAAUGAAAAAGGUUGAUUCUCGAAGACAAAUAGAAUUAAUACAAGAUUUUGAUAUGCCGGGUGUAUGUACCUCCAUACGCAUGUCUCCCGAUAUGCAGUACAUCUUGGCUACGGGUACCUAUAAACCGCGGGUCAAAUGUUUUGAGGUUUCCAAUUUAUCUAUUAAAUUUGAAAGAUGUUUUGAUUCGGAGGUUACCACUUUUGAGGUAAUAAGUGAUGAUUAUAGUAAAAUGGUUUUCCUGCAAUGUGAUCGUUAUGUGGAAAUACAUGCCGCCCAUGGCAGACAUUAUCGUUUGAGAAUACCGCGUUUUGGUAGAGAUAUGAAAUAUCAUAAACCUUCCUGUGAUAUGUUUAUAGUGGGCACUACUAAAGAAAUUUAUCGUUUAAAUUUGGAAAGAGGACAAUUUUUGCAACCUUACGAAUCGGAGGCCUCUUGUCUUAAUGCUUGUGAGGUAAAUCCAGAACAUGGUUUGUUAAUGGUGGGCUCCAAAGAGGGCACUGUAGAAGCCUGGGAUCCUAGAUCAAAAACAAAAUGUGCUACUUUGGAUGUGGCCAUAAAAUUACCCGGUGUUAAAGAGUUUCCUUCUAUAUCGGCUUUGAAAUGUAAAGAUGGUUUACAUAUGGCUGUAGGCACCAAUUCGGGUCAUGUUUUACUCUACGAUAUACGUUCAAAGGAGCCUUUGCUAGUAAAGGAUCAUUUAAAUAAAUUACCCGUUAAGCGUAUAGCUUUUAAUAACCAACAAAAUGCUGUUUACUCCAUGGAUGAGGCCAUGUUGAAGCUGUGGGAUGAGCAAACGGGCAAACAAAUUGCUUAUAUUGAGUCCACCUCUUCGUUUAAUGACUUCUGCACUAUACCCAAUACGGGAAUGUUCUUUAUGGCCCAGGAGGAUGUUAAAAUGUUGACCUACUAUGUUCCAGCUAUGGGUCCUGCCCCUAGAUGGUGUUCAUUCUUGGACAAUCUUACCGAGGAGAUUGAAUCGGAGGUGGUGGAACAUAUGUAUGAUGAUUAUCAAUUUGUUACACAAAAGGAAUUGGAAGAAUUGGGUCUGGAGCAUUUGAUAGGCAGCAAUUUAUUAAAGGCAUACAUGCAUGGAUUCUUUAUUGAUGCCCGUUUGUAUAACAAAGCCAAAGCUUUGGUGGAUCCCUUUGCCUUUGAACGUUUCCGCAAAGAGAAAAUUCGCGCAGAAAUCGAAAGUGAACGCAAGCCCCGCUUGCAACUUAACACCAAAUUGCCUAAAGUUAAUCAAGAAUUGGCUCUUAAAAUUAUUGAUGAACAAACCAAUCCCGCCGCCAAAUCAAGUAACAAACAAGUACCCAAUCUCUUGGAGGACAAUCGUUUCAAGGCCAUGUUUGAAAAUAAAGAUUUCAAUAUUGAUAAAAAUGCCGAGGAAUAUAAGCUAUUGGCUCCUGUGCUAAAUCGUUUGGAAAAAUCCAAACUUAAAGAAAUUAAGAAACGCAUAGAGGUGGCACGAGUCAAUGAACUACACGAAGAAGAGAGUAAACCACAUGAGGACAGUGAUAAUGAUGAGGAUUUGUUUGGUUUAGAGAAGAGCGAUGAUGAUGAGCACAAUUCCUCUGGCCCUGAAUCCUCCGACGAUGAGGGUGUACGUGAAUUUAAUAAAGAAAUGAAGAGAGCCUACAAGGAUGUUAAAAAACAAAGAAAGGAAGAAUUACAAGAACUAGAAGAGGAGGAACGUACAGAAAUAAAAGAAAAACCUAAAAAAGAUUUCAAAUUAAUUUCAUUAGAUUCAACCACCGAAAUGAGUCAAGUUAAAAGAGGCAUGAUGAAGGUUUCCCUACAAGAUCGUGUCGCCAAGGUAGAGGAAACUAAUGCUAAAGUACAAACUAUAGGACGCUCACUGGGUAAUCGACAAAUGACAUUUGAUAUGAAGAAACCACCCUCGAAAGAAAUGCGUAAACGUGAAUAUCAAAUGAAACAACAUCGUGAGGAACGCAAGAAAUUGAUAAGACCUAUUAAGUCGUUGAAACUGAAAAAGGUUAAUUUUAAGUAGAUUAUUGAAAUAGAUUGUUUUUUUGUAAGUUUCCUUUUUUGAAUGUUUAUCUUUUUCUGAGAAUUUAGCGUGUAAAUAAAGUAGUU